GGCCGAGCUUCAGCGAAAGAACUUGGAGCAUCUCAUGGGGGCUGAGGCGAUGGGAAUUAUCCAAGUCGAUUUGAAAUUCACCGAUCUCAAAGUCUGUCGUAGUUACUUAUGUGGUGCAUGUCCACACGAUCUCUUCACCAACACCAAAAUGGAUCUGGGAGCAUGUGCCAAAACUCAUUCACAAAAGUUAAAGGGCGAAUACGAAGCUGCAUUAGCUCGAAGUCAAAGUGAUGAUCCAGAAGAAUCGGCUGACACAGUAUCACCUUCAGAGCUACACGCAAUGCGAAGAGAGUACGAAAAUAAUAUUCUUGGAUUCGUUGAGGAAUGUGAUCGACGAAUUCGUGCUGCACAGAAACGAUUGGAGAAGACUCCAGAAGAAAACAACCGAACUACAGCUUUGAUGAGAGAAAUCGGUGAAAUCCAAACUGCCUAUGAGGGAGCAAUGGCGGAAGUGGAGACAUUGGGUGAAUCCGGCCAAGUCGAUCAAUCAAUGGCGGAAUUGGCAAAAGCUGAGGCCUUGAAAGCUGAAAAACUUGAAAAAGAGCGAGAACUUCAACAAUUGACAGAAACGUCUGGAGCUUCUGGGCACCAAAAACUUCGUGUGUGUGAUAUCUGUGGUGCGUAUCUAUCUAUUUUGGAUAGUGAUAGACGUCUGGCGGAUCAUUUUGGUGGAAAGAUGCAUUUGGGUUAUCUCCAACUACGACAAACAAUUGAAGAAUGGCGUAGUAGACCACAUGGUCUUCCUGGUCCUUCUGCAAAUCACAACCAGAAUCCUGGU